ACUACAAGAACACUUUGCGUCGGUCGCUAUCGCGGUUGUGAUGUUCAUGUCAAUCAGUUUGCGGGUCGCACUCCCUCCCCAGUCCGCCGGCGGCGCCCGAAUUAUCUAGCCGCGUCGUAUGUACGAAUUGUUGUACUCCAGUCCAUUAACAAAGUAUUUGCUGUGAUAAUAGUGUAAUUAUAUAUAAACUGAAUAAGUAUAAAAUAAAAUUUAAAUCCAGUGAUACUAACAAAUUAGUGGAAAACAAAGUUUAAUUAACUAAAGUGAAUACAGAGCCGCAGGCGCCGCAGCUUUUCUUAAGAUUCUGAGAAGAUUUAAAAAAUCUCAGUCGCAAAAUUGUUAUGCAAUCUGUAUUCCGGGCAAACUAAUGCCAUGGCCGUUCAUCCUCGUUAGUCGUAUAAUUGAAUGAUUUAUACUUAGAUUAAUUUGAAGUACUUAGCAAAAUACCUAAUUGUGAAACACAAAUCGUAAAUGCGUGGUCACUAGGCACUCCGACACGUUUUGCUUUAUGGUAAAAUCACCAACCUAUUCGACUUAGGAGCACAUCGAAGAUUGGAAGAUCAUGGAGUCAAAAGUGAUUUUAAAAGAGAAGAACCCUGAUGAGCAAGCUAACAUUAUAUCUAAAGUAUUUGUAACAUGGAGUUUCAGUUUAUUCCGUCGCGGAUACAAACAGGGUCUGUCUAUAGGAGACUUAUGGCAAGCGCGAGACUGCGAUCGCUCGGGCAGACUCACGGACCGGCUGGAGGAGGCCUGGGAACAAGAGUUAGCUAAAGCUAAACAGGACAGUACUUACAAGCCAUCACUUUCCAAAGCAAUUGUACGCUCAUUUUGGCUCGAAUAUAUGUUAUGCGGAAUUCUGGUUGGACUACUCUUUAUCAUUUUCUGGCCCUUAAUCCCGUAUACUUUAGGUUUAUUCAUAGAUUAUUUUGCUAGACCAAGAACACCAGAAAGUUAUAGAAAUGCUCACAUAUAUAAUUUCUUAAUGAAUCUUCUUAGUGCAGGGACAGCUUUAUUGUUAAAUCAUCUACAGUUAUCUCAGGGUUGUGUUGGAAUGAGAGUCCGAGUAGCUUGCUGUUCCCUUAUAUAUAGAAAGAUUUUGAAACUCAACCGUGCUGGUAUGGACAAAACUGAGGCUGGACACGUGAUAAACUUAAUGUCUAACGACGUCAGUCGUUUCGAUUUAGUGGCCUUGUUCCUGAAUUACCUGUGGGUGAUGCCGAUUGCUGUGCCCGUGGUGUCAUAUCUUGUUUGGCAGCAUGUUGGCUGGGCGACUCUUGCAGGGCUCGCCGUAACCUUCCUUCAAACUGUGCUGGUACAAGCUUAUUUGAGUAGCCGCCAGGGAAUUUUAAGGGGCAAAAUUGCAAAACGGACGGACGAGAGAGUAAAAGUUAUGAGUGAAUUAGUUAACGGAGUACAGGUGAUCAAAAUGUACGCUUGGGAGAAGCCGUUUGAAAAACUUGUGGACAAGUUAAGGAAGAUGGAAGUCAAUUUCAUAAUGCGCACAUCGAUGAUUAAGGCAUUCUCUACGGCGCUUAGUGUAUUUACAGAACGUUUUAUACUGUACGCGACAUUGGUCACCUUUGUAUUAAUAGGUGGCCACAUCCAUUCUGGCAUCACAUUUUCUUUGGUGCAAUAUUUCAACCUUUUACAACUAGCCUGCAACAUAUUUAUCCCGCUUGCUUUGUCUUUUCUUGCUGAAACUAAGGUCUCCAUCCGAAGAAUUGAGGAAUUUUUGCUUUUGGACGAAGUUAAAAGGCCAAAAUUAAUACAGACUAAUUUAGAGAUGAACGACCUAAAAUUAAACAACUCGAACAAUCACACUAAGAAUGAUAUAGACAAGAUUAAAUCUACUGCACUGGUCAUAACAGGAGUCAGUGCGACCUGGUUGGAAGAUCCUAUAGUGUGCACAUUAAGAAACAUUCACUUGACAGCGGCUCCAGGGGAAUUUAUUGGUGUGGCUGGCCUUGUGGGUUCUGGGAAGUCAUCGCUUCUACAAUUAAUCCUGGGAGAGUUGGUUCCAUCGCACGGCGUGGUAUCUUUGGGCGAUGCGCGCAUUUCCUACGCAAGCCAAGAGCCUUGGCUGUUUGUGGGUUCUGUCAGGCAGAACAUCCUCUUUGGGCUGCCCUAUGAUCCCGUCCGUUACAAAAAGGUGGUAAGCGCAUGUGCGUUGGUGCGUGACUUUGAACUGCUUCCGGCUGGAGACGCUACCAUGGUGGGUGAGCGCGGUUCCAGCCUUAGCGGCGGACAACGUGCCCGCAUCGGCCUCGCUAGAGCAUGUUACCGACAGGCGGAUAUUUAUCUACUGGAUGAUCCGCUCUCCGCGGUGGACACCCACGUUGGCAAACAUUUAAUAUCGGAAUGUGUUACGGGUCUGCUCAGACAUUCUACGCGGAUUUUGGUCACACAUCAGUUGCAUCAUCUUAGGACUGCCGACAAAAUCGUUAUUCUUCACAAUGGAGAGAUUGAGACCAUGGGUUCAUUCGAGGAGGUAUCGCGGUCGCCUCUAUUUGCAGAGUUAUUGGAAGAGGAGGAACCGCCAGCAGAGGAAGGAAGCAGGCCCCAGGUGUUACGACAGCGUACAGUUUCUAUUCAGUCACAUUCAAGUACAAGCACAUUUGGGAACAAAGAAGCGGAGAACGUGCUUGAUGAACCUGAGGAAACCGCCGAGAUGUCAGGAAGUGGUCGGGUAUCUGGUGCAGUAUAUAGCGCGUAUUUCCGUUCAGGCAAUGGUUGGACCUUGCUCAUUUUCAUUCUCAUCUCUAUCGUGUUGGCGCAAGUGGUCACCUCCGGUAGCGACCUCUGGCUUACGCACUGGAUGAAUGAUGUCGAUGCUAGAAACGCCGCGGUACCGUUCAGAGAAAUCGGCAAUGAUAGUGCUACUACCUUCAAUGAUACCAUGAUAUCUAUCGAAACUAUUUACAAUAAUGUAACAUCAGAUUCCAAUUCAACGGUGGCACCUGAACAACUCGACAAACAUGCAACAUUAUUCAAUACGGAAAUGGAUUUCCAUGCUUUUUACAUUUACAUUUGGACCAUCGGCAUCAUUGGCUGUAUCCUUCUUACGACUGGCAGAUCAAUUCUGUUUCUCUGGGCAUGUAUGAGAAGUUCCAUUAAAUUGCAUAAUCAAAUGUUCAGUAACAUUUUAUCAGCCACCAUGAGAUUCUUCGAUACCAACCCUUCUGGACGAAUUCUAAACAGGUUUUCAAAAGACAUGGGCAUUGUUGAUGAAAUAUUACCUAAGAUGUAUUUGGAUAGCAUACAGGUUUUCAUGGUGAUGAUAGGUAUUUUAGUUAUGGUGGCCAUUGUAAACCCAUACAUGUUGCUGACAACAGCGUUAUGCGCCAUUCUUAUGUAUCUGUGGACGAUAAUCUAUCUUCAUACUGCACAAGCCAUUAAGAGAGUGGAAGGCGUAUCACGAAGUCCAGUGUUUUCUCAUAUGUCUGCAACAAUGGCCGGUAUAACAACAGUGCGUGCAUGCGGCGCGGAGGAAAUGUUACGAAGGCAGUUUGACGAUAAGCAGGACGUCCACACAUCCGCCUGGUAUUUGACGCUGGUGACAAACACGGCUUUUUCUAUAUGGUUAAGUCUUAUCUCGGCUUUAUAUGUAAUCAUAGCUUCAUAUGCCUUUUUGAUAUUAGACAGUUAUGGUGGAAUGAAAUCUGGUAAUGUUGGCCUGGCUCUCAGUCAAGGUUUGAUCCUUGUCAAUAUGGUGCAAUAUGGAGUUAAACAGGCCACUGAAGUUGUGUCCCAGAUGACUAGCGUGGAACGUCUUGUGGAGUUUACUUCACUUCCUCAAGAGAUCACCAAAGGACCAGAUCCACCCACCAGUUGGCCACAACGCGCUCGUCUUAUUUUCAAAGAUCUUUACCUCCGAUAUGAUAAAGAUUCUGAUCCAGUACUUAAAAAUUUGAAUGUGACCAUCGAAAGUGGUUGGAAGGUGGGAGUUGUCGGCCGGACUGGUGCUGGAAAAUCAUCGUUAAUAUCCGCACUGUUUAGAUUAGCACCAAUAGAAGGAAAUAUAUACAUUGACGACGUCGAAACGGGAGAAAUUGCUCUCAAGGCACUCCGAUCGAAAAUUUCUAUCAUUCCUCAAGAGCCGGUAUUAUUCUCAGCUUCAUUGCGAUAUAACAUGGAUCCUUUUGACAAAUAUACUGAUGCUGACAUUUGGAAAGCUUUAGAAGAGGUGGAAUUAAAGAACGCGGUGAAUUCCUUAGCAUCGGCAGUAUCAUCCGGUGGCUCCAACUUUAGCGCUGGCCAGCGGCAAUUACUUUGCUUGGCUCGUGCUGCUCUUGCUCGCAACAAGCUACUUGUAUUAGAUGAAGCUACUGCUAACGUUGAUCCUAAUACUGAUGCGUUGAUCCAAAAGUCCAUACGCAAACAUUUCUCCGAAUGUACUGUGGUAACCGUUGCUCACCGUCUCCACACAGUCGCCGAUGCUGAUAGAGUAAUUGUAAUGGAGGCUGGUCAAAUCGUCGAGUGUGGGCAUCCACACGAAUUGUUACAAAAUGCGGAAGGUCACUUCACCAAGAUGGUAAACCAGCUAGGGCCCGCGUCGGAGCAAAGCCUGCGCGAUGUCGCAUCGAAAGCCUAUGCUGAACAUAUUAAAUACGUGGAUGCGGACGAUCACAAUACAGAAGUUGUUAAAGCUUAGGCCAUAUAUUUAUCAAACACAAUUUAUUUGUUUCAAUUAUGUAUAUCAUGUGCGUCAUGAUGAUUUUGUUGCGCUUAGUAAGUAGUAGUAAGGUUUCUAUUUUGAUCGAAAUACAAUACAAAAAUUCUUUAUUAGACUGUUACUAACAAAGAGACAAGUGCUAGACCGCUUUUUAUUUGAAAUACAACAGUGAUUUUUUGUGAAUGUAGAAACUUUAAGAGUAGAGUAGUAUUUUCAAGAAAUUUAUGAUUGAAGUUUUCAAGAUAAUAUCCUGUAAUUGUUUUAAUGAAGGACACUAUGUCUAUUUUGACGAUAUACAGGUAACGAUUGCAUUAUUUGCAUUUAUUACAAAUUAAAAUUUGUAAUUUAAUAUACAUAUUAAGAUAAUGAAUUUAUAGCAAUGUGUUCGUUUUUAAACAUGUACAUACUAAGUUCAAUACUUUAAUUAAUAGAAUUAUCUAUUUUCUUUAAAUUUUAGAAAAAAGUCUAUUAAUAUGGAAUCAAUGUGUGCCUAUAUUAUAUUAGAUGUACUUAGACAAAGAUAUAUGUCUGAAAUUAAAUAAUGAUAGCUAAUGUCCAUGCUGUGUCGUAGCUUUAUUUUAUUAAUAUUUCUGUAUCCAUUGUAUUGUAUUGUGUACUUAUCAGAUGUUUGAUGUAUUACUUAAUGAAAAACCACUUAAAUGAACGGAGAAUGGUAUACAAGCACUCUUUACCACUGUAAAUAACUACUUAACGUGCUUUAUUAUUGGUGCAUUUUAUAAAUAUUUCUUGAAAAAUUUUUUUUUUCUGAUAAAAUAUAUUUAAGCUAAGUAUUAUAUAAACAAAGCCAUUGUCACAAAUUAUACAAUUUGGUAAAAAAUAUUGAAUACCUGAAAGGACACCCUCUAGGGGAAUAUUAGCCAAGGUCAAUAUAUUAUUAUACAUUUAUUCCAUUUUUUUAAUUUUGAAUAGGAAGUUAUAUAAAUAGCUAUUAAGAUAUUUGAUAAUACUUAAUGUGUUUAACACAAAUUAAAUUAGAACAAAAAACUCAAUUCAAACCAAAAUUAUUAUUUAUUUAUUCAUUUAAUUAGGGCACAAAAUAAUUCUCAAAAAAAUGUUCUUAUUUUAAACCACAACGUGGAGUUUGAAUGGGUUUUUACUGCUUUUAAGACUAAAUUGUCUUAAGUUUAAUACAAUACUAAAUGCACUUUACCAUGAAAAAAUUUAAAAUGUAUGAGUGUAAACUGUUCCACAUGCUGUUUACUUAUAUGUGUAUUAAUAUUUAUAUGUAAAUUUUUAUAUGACACAAGAUAUAAACUUUUUAAACUUUGAUUGUGGAUGGCCAAAGAAUAUAAAAUAUAUUAAUUCAAUAUAUGAUGACAGCCGGCUGAUUAAGCUAUUUACUCCAUGUAUAUUUGAUAUGCAUUCCACACCCAAUUAAGAUUGUAUAUCCAAUAAAGUCACUGUGCCUUAACUGUUUAAAUAUUAAAUUUAUUGAGUUAAAAAGAAAACAAUUACAGUUUGGCAAAGGAGUGAGUUUUACUUUUAAUUGUAAUCAAGAAAAAAAAUGUAUUUUUUAACAUGUUUAAUAUUCACAUUUUGGACUUUCUUUACAAAAUAUGCAUGCAUUGUAUGUAUUAUAUUAAUUGUUACCUAAGUUAUGAGUAUAUAAUUAUGAAUAAGUUCAUCUGUUACCAGUUCAAGACUUUCUUGCCAAGCUGUAUGGACAAUCACUAUUCAAUACAGUAUAAAUAUAAUUAAUGAAUAAUUUACUUUUAUUCAAAUCAAAUAAAUACUAACUAGGUACUUA